CCGCGACUCUGUUCUCCAGAUAAAGGCCCGCCGAGCGCGCGCGCGCGGGCUGAUGUGAGCGCGGCGGGAGGGAGGGAGGGACAGGCCGCCAUGCGGGGCACGAGCGCGUCUUGAGGAGGUCCCAGGGCUGCUAUAUGAGGAGCGCCUGCCAGAGUCUCCGCUCAGAGCGCCGAGGUGUGCAGCAGCAUCCUCAUCCUCUCCUGUUCAUUGGAGCACCUCAUCCUCCUGCUUGGCCGAGCUCCUCUCUCUGGACGCAGAUCGCGCUGUUUACCUCUUUGCCCCCGUUUGUUUACCGCUGGCAGAAGCGGGCGAAGAUGCCGAGGCUUCCUGGAUCACGGAUACGGCUGAUGCUCGGCAUCCUCUGCUGGAUCGGCGCCUUCACUGCGGCGCUCCAAGCAUCCCCAAAGUGCGAUGAACCUUUGGCUACGCCCCUCUCCCAUCAAGCCUUCACCAGCUCCUCCAUGUUUACCAGUGGGUAUGCUCCAGGAUACGCCAAGCUGAACAGGAGAGGAGGUUCCGGAGGCUGGUCUCCACUGGACAACGACCAUUACCAAUGGCUGCAGGUGGACCUGGGUGGAAGGAAGCAGGUGACUGCCUUAGCGACACAGGGCAGGUACAGCAGCUCCGACUGGACAACACAGUAUCGGCUGCUCUACAGUGACACAGGAAUGAACUGGAAACCGUACCAUCAGGAUGGGAACAUCUGGGCAUUCCAGGGCAAUGCAAACACAGAGAGUGUGGUUCGCCACGACCUGCAGCACGCUCUGGUGGCGCGCUAUUUGCGCUUUGUCCCACUCCAGUGGAGCAGCGAGGGCUGCAUAGGCCUGCGCAUCGACGUCUAUGGCUGUGCGUACUGGGCGGAUCUGAUCAACUUCGAUGGGCAGGGGGUGAUCUCCUACCGCUUCAAGAUGAAGAAGAUGAAAAUUCUGAAGGAUGUCAUCUCCCUGAAGUUCAAGACAUCAGAAAGCGAGGGUGUCAUUCUGCACGGGGAGGGGCAGCAGGGUGACUACAUCACCCUGGAACUGAAGAAGGCCAGGCUGGUUCUGCUGAUAAACCUAGGCAGCAAUCAGUACGGCUCCAUUCUGGGUCACACUUCAGUCACGAGUGGGAGUCUCCUGGAUGACCAGCACUGGCACUCAGUGGUCAUUGAGCGCUACAGACGGAAUGUCAACUUUACCCUGGACCGGCACAUACAGCACUUCCGCACAAAUGGCGAGUUCGACCACCUUGACCUGGACUAUGAGCUGAGCUUUGGCGGGAUGCCCUUCUCGGGUAAGCCCAGCUCCGGAGGCAGGAAGAAUUUCAUUGGCUGUAUGGAGAGCAUCAACUACAAUGGUGACAACAUCACUGACCUAGUCAGGAGGAGGAAACUGGACACGUCGAGUUUUCGCAAUCUGAGCUUCUCCUGUGCAGAGUCCCACACGUUUCCUGCAUUCUUCAAUGCCACCAGCUUUCUGCAUCUCCCUGGGCGCAGCGAGCACCACACCGUCUCCAUUAGCUUCAUGUUUCGCACCUGGAACCCUAGUGGCUUGCUUCUCUUUAGCAUACUAGCCGAUGGAACACUAGAGGUGGGCCUAAGUGACGGCAAGGUCUCCAUCCACGUCGAUGUCACACAGAAGAAGAACACUCGCAUUGAGAUCUCAUCAGGUUCGGGUCUGAAUGAUGGCCAGUGGCAUGAAGUCCGCUUCCUGGCCAAAGAGAACUUUGCCAUGCUGACCAUUGAUGGAGACGAGGCCUCAGCAGUACGAACUAACACACCCAUCCAGAUUCAGACAAGGGGCUCUUACUAUUUUGGAGGAUAUUUCUUGCGAAGCAGCUCACCACCCAUGCAGCGCUCCUUCCAGGGCUGUAUGCAGCUGAUCCAUGUGGAUGAGCAGCUUGUUGACCUCCAGGCCGUGGAGCAAGGAAAGCUGGGAGACUUUGAGAACGUCAGCUUGGAGAUGUGUGCUAUCAUUGACAGGUGUGUGCCUAACCACUGCGAACACGGAGGCAGGUGUACACAGACCUGGGACAGCUUCAGCUGCACCUGCGAUGGAACAGGGUACACUGGAGCCACCUGCCAUACCUCUGUUUAUGAGCAGUCAUGUGAGGCAUACAAGCACCUUGGCAGGACAUCAGAUACCUACUGGAUAGACCCAGAUGGUAGUGGUCCACUUGGUCCGUUCAAAGUGAGCUGCAAUAUGACAGAGGACAAGGUGUGGACCACAGUGGCCAACAGCCUGCCAGCCCAGAUGCCAAUUAGCGGCUCGAGCCGGGAGAAACGUAUGGUCUUGCAGCUCAACUACAGUGCCUCCAUGGAGCAGGUCACGGCUGUCACUAGCAGCGCAGAGCAUUGCGAGCAAUAUGUGGCCUAUGUCUGCCGCUCAUCCCGUCUACUCAACAGUCCUGAUGGGACCCCUUACACAUGGUGGCUGGGCAGGGGCAGUGAGAAGCACUUCUACUGGGGCGGCUCGGGACCCGGCAUCCAGAAAUGUGCCUGUGGAAUCGAGCGUAACUGUACGGAUCCCAAGUACUACUGCAACUGUGAUGCCGACCACAAGCAAUGGAGAGAAGAUUCCGGGGUUCUCAAAUACAAGGACCAUUUACCUGUGAUCCAGGUGGCUGUGGGGGAUACCAACCGGCCAGGCUCAGAAGCAAAAUUGACUGUUGGACCGCUCCGUUGUCAGGGAGACCGGAACUAUUGGAAUGCAGCAUCGUUCACUACCCCCUCCUCCUACCUACACUUCUCCACUUUUCAAGGGGAGACUAGUGCUGACAUCUCCUUCUAUUUCAAGACUUCAGCACCAUACGGCGUCUUCCUGGAGAACUUGGGAAACACUGACUUCAUCCGCCUGGAACUGAAAUCGCCCACCAUGGUGUCCUUUUCCUUUGAUGUGGGAAAUGGUCCGGUAGAGCUGGCUGUGCGGUCACCCACCGCACUCAAUGACGACCAGUGGCACCGGGUCAGUGCUGAGCGCAACGUGAAGGAGGCCGUCCUGCAGCUGGACCAGCAGUACCGAGAGGUGCGUCCAGCACCUCCCCAGGGCCACACGCGCCUGGAGCUCUACAGUCAGCUCUAUGUGGGUGCUGCUGGAGGACAGAGGGGUUUCCUGGGAUGCAUCCGCUCGCUGAAGAUGAACGGCGUGACCCUUGACUUGGAAGAAAGGGCAAAGGUCACUCCAGGAGUGAAGCCCGGCUGCUCAGGACAUUGCACAAGUUUUGGAGUCUACUGCCGCAACGGGGGCAAGUGCGUGGAGAAGUACAACGGCUACUCAUGUGACUGCACCUCCACAGCCUAUGACGGUCCCUUCUGCACCAAAGAUGUUGGGGGCUUCUUUGAGGCAGGGACCCUGCUGCGGUACAAUUUCCUGCCUGAGGUCGCCUCUGCAGCAGUGAUGGAGGUCAGAAGCCCAUCUGGAACCCUAGGGUCAGAGGUCAAUCUGACACGAGAGGAUCUGGCCUUCAGCUUCAGCACCUCCAGCGCGCCUUGCAUCCUGGUCUACAUCAGUUCCAGAACCCAGGACUACCUGGCCAUUGUACUGCGCCAGAAUGGUACACUGCAGAUCCGGUACAACCUGGGCGGCUUAAGGGAACCUUUCACCAUCAACCUGGAUCAACGCAAUAUGGCCAAUGGGCAGCCCCAUAGUAUCAACAUCUCCCGUGUGGAGAAGGUCAUUCAGCUGCAGGUGGACCACUACCCUCCAGUGAGCUACUCCUUUCCCGAUGCCUCUGACACCCAGUUUAACUUGAUCAAGACUCUAUUCCUGGGAAAAGUUUAUGAAACAGGCCAGAUUGAUCCAGUCCUGAUUGAGAAGUACAAUACACCAGGUUUUGUGGGCUGCCUCUCGAGGGUGCAGUUCAACAGCAUUGCACCCCUGAAGGCUGCACUGAGAUCGCGUGUCUCUGCACCUGUCUCCGUGCAAGGGAAGCUGGUGGAGUCAAACUGCGGAGCUUCACCCCAAACCAUUUCCCCAAUGUCAGCCGCCACAGACCCCUGGCACUUGGACUCAGCUGGUGGUGAUUUCCCAUUCAACGAGGAGAGAGUCGUGCCAGAUGGUGUCAACAGGAACUCUGCCAUAAUUGGAGGUAUCAUUGCAGUGGUUAUUUUCACCAUCCUCUGCACCCUGGUGUUUCUCAUUCGCCAUAUGUUCCGCCACAAAGGCACCUACCACACCAACGAAGCCAAGGGGGCAGAAUCCGCCGAUAAUGCCGAUGCCGCCAUCAUUGUCAACGACCCCAAUUUCACAGAGACCAUUGAUGAGAGCAAGAAAGAGUGGUUCAUCUAACAGGACACAGUCAGUGAAGUGCUCAUGGCUGGGUGGGAGGGAUAGGGUCUGCCUUGACCUCUGCACCUGGUAUGCCGGCGUUUGAACAUCAGGACGAGGAGAGAGGAGCAAGAAGAGCAGUAACAUGCCAGCGGAGGAAAUGUGUACAGUUACUGGUUUGUCUCUAAUGUAUUUACGCUGUGUUUGGAGUUUGAGGAGUCCUGUCAAUAAUUUGCUAGCAUUCAAUGCGGAGUCAUCCUUUAACAUUACUCUUUGUAAGCCUCAGAUUUGAAAAUAUGACCAAAUUUCUUGGUCCGCAGGACAGUAAUAAACCUGGCCAUCUGGGGAAAUUUUAUUGCAGCGUUUCAAACUGUCUGCCAGCAGUCACACAACAUUGGCUCUCAGAUUCAAAUAAAAACUUUGCAUAUAAUCCAGUCCUAAAAAUGUAUGCCAAAUUUCCUCUGUAAAUAAUACUACAAAAUAUGUAUAACACAGAGGUUUACUUUACAGUGACAUCAAAUUGUAUCCACACAACCUCUAUAGCCAGUACGUAUAGGAACAGGAUUUGAAUGUGAAUAUGACAUGCCUUCAUUGCACGGUACCACAAAGACAAUAUUCCUUCAACUCCAAUCAGCUGUGUUGUUUUAAGUUGCCAAAUAUUUAUGUAUAUUUAUGUUUAUGUAGAGCCCAUACUGACACUAUCAUAGAAAGGUUAAUGUCACCUGUAUAGAGUAAAUAAAUUUUUUGGGAGUGAUACGGUGAGGUAAUCCCACUAUAUUACUGGCAGAGAGUUGCCACUCUGGCUUCAUCCAUCUGGGAUGCAAAUCAACACAGUUCUGUCACUUUAGGCCACUCAUUCCAAGUUGCCUUCAGGACUGAGCUGCC